GUUGUGAUAAACUUAUUAAAUAGAUUGUUUUUGAUGUUAUGGACAUUGACCCUCUUUUUCUCGAUGAUGAUAGUUUUCCCCCUGGUGAUGGAAACUUGAAUUCUGUUACAAGUAGUCGAAGCAUGGAAAACGGUACUUCUGCAUCGCAAUCACGGAGUCAAUCUUCCACUGCUCAGAAGAGUUAUGCAAGUACGUUGCUCGAUGAUAUUGUGGGGCUUCCACCAGAGUUGCAAGAUGGAAAUGAUGCUAUUGCAGAUGACGAAAUUGAGCUUUCAGCGCAAGAGGUCAUUAAUCAGUUAAAAACUGCCUGGAUCAACGAGAGGUUUGCUCCAGACUUGUUGGACUCCAAAUAUGAGUUAGUGACUUGCCUGCUUGACCAGAUUAGCUCCAUGGGGCGUAAAUUAGAGAGAGUAGCCGGUCUGAUCCGGGAGAGAAAUGCUAGUACUUCGUCCGUUGAUUCGGAUCAUCUUCGCAUGGAGAUCCACCAGAUGGAAAUUCAGAGGAUUCGAUAUCUUGUUUCUAGUUACCUCCGACUGAGACUAAACAAAAUUGAACAGCACGUGUUUUAUUUACUACAACAAUACAGAUCGCAACCACCACAAGCUUACAGCAAAAUGUCACCAGAAGAGUUACAAUUCGCCAUCAAACUUGAGCAGCUGUACAAGACACAGUUACAAAGUCAGGUCUUGGAUAAGCUUCCUCUUGGUAUCCGGAAGUUGGAGGAUCAGUUCCUGACACGGGAACCUAACCUUAACCACUACGUGUUUCUCAAAGUGAACCAAACACAGAAACAGGUGCUCAUCGACGAAAAUGACCCGGAGGGUGUUGUGGAUUUGACAGAGGGAACUCAGUACCUGGUCAAGUACAAAACGAUAGCGCCUCUCGUGGAAAAUGACUCGCUAAGUCUCAUUUGAAUCGAAAUGAAUGAACUCUAGGCAAUGGCUCUUUUGAGUUCCUCGUCACGAAAAGCGCAAAAAAUGGUUCGCAGAUUCUUUAUUAAAGCUGUUGCUGUUGUACGUAGCAGUCCAGGACUUGGAAGCUGUUCAUUAAAACCAGGGGCGGAUCUAGGUUUUUUCAAGCGACCUUUUCUUAGGUCGAUCAAGUUGAUUUUCUAAGGUCUCUCAAAUCACUAUAAAGACCCUAUUUCGACCAAAUUUUAUUUUAGAAAAUAGGCCAAAAAAGCGUUUUUAGGCACGUUUUGGACCAGAGAAUUACCUUCUUUCGGCGCGCGCACUCCCCUCAUAAUUAGAAUACAUUGGAGCCUCAAGAAAAAUUUUUGGGUUAUUCAGCGAAAAAGGAUCUCUCAAAAUAGUAUUGGGUAGGCAGAGGGUCGGUCAAACCAGGGGCGGAUCUAAGGUUUUCUCGAUUGAGGGGGCUGAUUUUCGAAAAAACAAUUUAGAAAGUUUUUAGGGUUCGUCUUCAAAUAUGGAUAUCUCAAAAUAGUACAAAGGGCGACCCUUUGGGUCGGCAAGGGGUCGAAUCCCUGAGGGGGGGGGGAGAGGUGCCUAAAUCCGCCCCUGGAUCAAAUCCCUGCCUAAAUCAGACCAAAACGACCACAAUUUUCACAAAGCUUGUUUUGACUGAUUUUCGAACUACUUUAUUUAUUAUUGGACUGCUGCAGUUUAUUAUGGGGCAUUACAUUAUGUGAAAUAUUUAAAGUGUUUAUUGUGAAAGUGUCUGAUAGGUUGAAAUUUGGAUUGGUGAUUGGUGCACUGAAUUUGAAAAUUAUCCUAGUGUUAACUUAAUAAUGGCGAAUAUGCUUUCUUUCAAUAUUGAACGAAGUUAAUAUUUUUUGAUCAAUUUGUUCAAAUAUAAAUUUUGACGAUUGUUUGGGAGAAUAAUGUGUUGUUUUUGAAAUUUGAAAAUAUAAUUUGAUCUCAACCAGUAUUCAGUUA